UCGCACGACGUACCUUAUCGAAACAUAUACGUUGGAUUAUGAUGAAUAGCUUGUUUAUAUGUACAAUGCUGUAAGGGUACAAUUAUUCAUCGCUAAAUUACCUGUUUACAUAAUUAUCCAGAAACCCGGUGUUUGCUUUUGUCUUUGUAUCCUCUACAAAAUGGGCCAGGGAAAGAGCCAAUUCACUGAGGAGGAGCUUCAAGAUUACGAGGACCUGACUUACUUUACGAAGAAGGAAGUGUUAUAUGCCCACACUCGGUUCAAAGCCCUGGCUCCAGAGAAGGUUGGCCACAACAAAAAUGCCAAGCUCCCGAUGGCCAAAAUACUCCAGUACCCAGAGCUCCGGGUCAACCCAUUCCGAGAUCGGAUCUGCAAAGUGUUCAGCUCAAGCAGCGAUGGCGACUGCACUUUUGAGGACUUCUUGGAUAUGAUGUCGGUGUUCAGUGAUAAUGCCCCGAAGGCAGUGAAAGCUGAGCAUGCUUUUAGGAUUUUUGAUUUCGACGGCGACGACAUGAUAGGAGUCUCCGACCUUCGCGAAGUGAUCGAGCGACUCUGCGGCCCAGAACUACAGCUGGCCGACUCGGAGCUGCAACAGCUGGUGCAGAACGUUCUAGAAGAAGCCGACCUGGAUGACGAUGGCGCGCUCAGCUUUGCCGAGUUUGAGCAUAUUAUUGAUAAGAGCUCCGACUUCACUCAAACGUUCCGGAUACGACUGUAACGAAACAGCAACGAAAAAUGUCUUCCAAUAUUUUUUCUCAACUUAAACUAUUAUUAGUACUAUUACUACUUAAAGAAAUUGAAUCCGCGUACGAGGAUACUAUUUGAGUAUAAUAAUCGCGUAAAAUAAACAUAGCAGUAUUAGAUAAACUGAAAAACACAAAUUUAAUAUUUGAUUUGUCUCCGAAAUUGUGAGUAUUUAAUGAGUUAAUUACCUUAUGAUUCUUAUAUAACACUGCUUAUGUACUAUUCCGACUAUACAAGUCUACAUGACAUUUUGAAUCUCAUACUAAUUAUAAGUAGUUUAUAAGGCAUUAUUGUAAGUCAGUGUAUAGUUAAAAAAUUAUGGUAUGUCUCAGCAACUGGGAAUGCAACAUAUGUAGUGUGAAGCGUCACCAUAAACAUUAAGUUUCUAUAAAAAUAUUAUGGUUAUAGAGGCGCUGACACGGGUGGUCGUUGCAGAGUUAGUUUAAAAUAAGGAUGUUAAGCACAAAGAAUUAAUUCUGUGUAUUGACCCGACAUUUCGAAUCUCUAUCGCACGCGCGUAUUUACACAGCUGUCCCGCUCACAGUGGCAUUGAGCGCCGGCAUCACGAGCGGGACAGUACGCGCGUGCGAGAUAGGAAAUGGUGGUCAUGGUACCAAAUUAUUCAUGCUCAGCGUCCUUACUUUAGUCUUUACCCCUAUAUUUAUUUUGUAUUCAUGAAAGUUAAUUUCUAUAUUUCCUAUUUUCAUGUGACUGGUGUUUUAGAUAUAUAAUUAUCUUGAGGCUAUCAAAAAACUAAGUAAUAUAGUGCAAUCAAUGUAUGUAAAUUUAUAAUUAAUGUUAUUUCUAUUACUUAUGCCAAAUAUACAUAAUU